GCUGGCAUCCAGCCGGGAACUGAGCGGGGCAGUGUGCGACCCCUGGCUCUGCCUGGCCGCACGAGGCGGGUGCUGGCCAUCGGGGCGGCGCCACCUGGGAGGCAAGGGCGGGAGCCCGGGCGGUGCGGCUGCUGGGUGGGACCCGGAGCCUGGCGCGGGGCUGAGCGGCCUCCGGCCCCGAGGGGACGACGCCUCGGCUUCGAGGGGCAGAACCCCGCCCAGGAGGUGGAAGGGCGUCGGAUUGAGGGCCUCCUGCGGUUCGAGGCUUGGAUAAGCCGGGCGGGGGCGUUUUCAGGGAAACGCUGGAGCUGGGGCCGGCUGGAGGGGGCGGUGGCCACCACACCGAGACUCCUCCCACGGUGACCACACUGGCUGCUUUCGUUGCCUCUCGUGACAGGUGCUCGGUUGGCCUGUCCUGUCACAGCGAGGCAUCUUCUGUGCUCUCCUUGUCAGCUUGGAUGUUCCUUUGGCAGCUGCCUCUGUGCGUCUGAGCAAAGGCCCCUGGCCUGGUGCCUUUGAACCCCAUGGAUUUGAGACUUGGUCUCUCAACGUGGUUCUCCAGGGAAGAGACAGAUGUUUAGACAGGUGGCCUCCUGCCUGGCCCAGCGCCAUGCACACGCUUGUGUUCCUGAGCACACGGCAGAUGCUCCAGUGCCAGUCAGCUGCCUGCCAGGCCCUGCCCCUGCUGCCACGAGAGCUCUUCCCCUUGCUGUUCAAAGUGGCCUUUAUGGACAAGAAGACUGUCGUGCUGCGGGAGCUGGUGCACAUGUGGCCCUUCCCACUGCUCAGCUUCCAGCAGCUGCUGCAGGAGUGUGCCCACUGCAGCCGGGCCCUGCUGCAGGAGCGGCCUAGUACUGAGAGCAUGCAAGCCGUGAUCCUGGGGCUGACCGCCCGGCUCCACACCCCAGAGACUGAGGCUGGCACUCAGCCCCUCUGCAGGAAGCACGUGCUGCGGGUGCUGGACAUGACGGGCCUUCUGGAUGAUGGCGUGGAGCAGGACCCUGGCACCAUGAGCAUGUGGGACUGCACAGCAGCUGUGGCCCGCACGUGCAUCGCACAGCAGCAGGGCAGGACUGCAGAGCCAGGGCUGGCUCCCAUUCCUGUGGAGGUGCGAGUGGACCUGCGGGUGAACCGGGCCUCUUACGCGUUCCUGCGGGAGGCGCUCCGCAGCAGCGUAGGCAGCCCACUGCGGCUCUGCUGCCGGGACCUGCGGGCUGAGGACUUGCCCAUGCGCAAUACAGUGGCCCUGCUACAGCUUCUGGAUGCUGGCUGCCUGCGCCGUGUGGACCUGCGCUUCAACAACUUGGGCCUGCGUGGCCUGUCUGUCAUCAUCCCGCACGUGGCCCGCUUCCAGCACCUGGCCAGCCUGCGGCUGCACUAUGUCCAUGGGGACUCACGGCAGCCCUCCGUGGACGGUGAGGACAACUUCCGCUACUUCCUGGCUCAGAUGGGUCGCUUCACUUGUUUGCGGGAGCUCAGCAUGGGCUCCUCUCUCCUCUCGGGGCGGCUGGACCAGUUACUCAGCACCCUGCAGAGCCCCCUGGAGAGCCUGGAGCUGGCCUUCUGUGCCCUACUGCCUGAGGACCUGCGUUUCCUGGCACAGAGCCCUCAUGCUGUCCACCUCAAGAAGUUGGACCUGAGUGGCAACGACCUGUCUGGCAGACAGCUAGAGCCCUUCCAGGGUCUGCUACAGGCAGCAGCAGCCACUCUGCUGCACCUCGAGCUGACUGAGUGCCAGCUUGCUGAUACCCAGCUGCUGGUCACACUCCCUGUGCUGACUCGCUGCACCAGCCUCCGCUACCUCGGCCUCUACGGCAAUCCACUGUCCAUGGCAGGCCUCAAGGAACUCCUGCGGGACUCAGUGGCACAGGCUGAGCUGCGCACAGUGGUGCACCCUUUCCCUGUGGACUGUUAUGAGGGCCUGCCCUGGCCACCGCCUGCCUCUGUCCUGCUGGAAGCCUCCAUCAAUGAAGAGAAGUUUGCCCGUGUGGAGGCCGAGCUGCACCAGUUGCUGCUGGCCUCGGGCCGUGCUCAUGUGCUCUGGACCACAGACAUCUACGGGCGCCUGGCUGCAGACUACUUUAGCCUGUGAUCUCUCACCUCUGGGUGAGAGUCGGGCAGUCCGGGGGUCCAGGGUUCUCGGAAGCCCCUUGCCCCUUGGGUAGGCAGAGCCUUGGCUGGGACCCCGCUGGAGGCCUGACAUAAAGGCACUAGUCUCUGA